GCUCGACACACGCCGGUGGACACGUCUUAACGCUACUUAGAGUUAUUUAUACUGUAGCUUGGUAGGUUUGUACCUGUGCUGGUGUCACAAGACUUUGAACUUGUGGCUGCCUUGGUACAUUAUACAUGGCGUGUUGAAACCUAGUUCCCGACCGCCUAUAUAUCGUUUCAACUUGCGAGCCACCAUGGCUCCCGGCAGCUCUGGUGUUAUGACAAACCUCGACAAACUUACUCCUGAGAUAUGUCACCGUCUUCUCUUGCAUCACCGCGAUGCACUGGUCAGGACACUGGGUCCUCGUUCCACGCUAUAUUAUUUAUUUCAAGAAAGAGUGUUCUCUAAGGAGAUGGUUGACGACAUCAGGAAGAAGGGGAAAGGAAACCAGGAGGAUACGAUGAAUGAGGUCAUAGAACAACUUUUACAGAGAGGCGUUCGUGAGUUUGAAGUGCUGGUGAAAAUACUCCGUAAACUGGAUCAUAAUCUUUUGGCUGAUAUUAUGGAAGAGAGGAGACUAUCAGGUUUGAUACACGUGACGGAACCCACGAGUCGAAAGUUAGGGUAUCACUGGAAGAGAAUAGCCACCGAUUAUCUUGGUCUAGGACCGAUGAUUCCGCUCAUACAAGACAGAUACCCAGAGAAGCUCCGAGAGCAGGCGUUGUUUAUGUUAUUGAUGUGGGAAGAACAGGACGGGAUCGGAGCAAAUCCCAAACGGCUUAUCGAAAUACUAGAAUCGUGCAAUAUGCGAGCGGCAGCAGACAGUGCAGACACAAUCAUUGGAGGAGGUAAAAAAAAGAAGAAGAAAAAGAAAGGAAAGAAAGGAAAGAAGAAAAAGAAAGCCAAGUCAGCCUAAUGUUCCAAUGACAUAUUUUUAUGAGAGCACAAAUCAGCGAUGAAUGACAGUCAUCCACACCUAUGCAACUUCAAUCACAAGUGCUCGUCAACCAAAACCGUUUGAAAAUUGCAAGACAUUUCAACAAGAAAACCAGUAACAAUUUUGAAGGCCAUGCCAAAGAUUAAAACAAUAGUUUUGUCAUCAGCCGAAAUGCUCUGGACAUUCGAUUACAUAUUUCACAAAAUAUACAAGGCAAUUAUCUAAAGUUCACCUUUCAAUGAGUUUAUUUUCAGCUAGAUAGAGGUACCUUGAUCCAGGUUAACAAACUAAGAUAGGGGGGUUGUCUGAAUACAUCUAAUAAACAACUGGAUAAGGGGUUUUCAUGGCCUAUCAAGCUAAUAUAAAACUAGAUAGGGGGACUGUUUGAGUACAUCAAGCCAAUAUACCUUACUGGGUAGAUAGGGAGUUUCCAUGGUCGAUCAAGCUAAUAAACAAAUAUGGGGUUGUUUUUGACAGAUGUCGCUAUUCAAAGACAGUUUUAUCCAUGACAGUUUAAGAGCAUUUGCUCUAUAUUUCUAUUCAGAAAGAGUUUCAAUCAAGCACAGUUAACAAGCAGCUGAGCCAGCAAUAAUCUAGAGAAUAUAAUGUUCUUGCCAUUUUGUCAACGAAUACCACAGACAUUGAAUAAGAAUACAAUUAUGAAAACAUUACUCGAGAAGAAUACAGUUUUGAAACCAAACAUUGGAGCAGAAUAGGGAUUGAGAGCAGUAUUAGAGUAGGUUUUGUUCAACUCCAGAUGAGAAGAUUCACAUGGUUAUUAUUUCAUGUGGUUAUUUCUUCUUUUACAAAAUGAAAAUAUCUGGAUAUUAUGAUGGCAUAGCAGACAUUAAAAAAUUAAUUUUGUUUCUUUGCAUCAAGUAUAUUUUAAUCUUUAUAUGUUUACUGUUGAGCCACAUCUUUGUUCUGUAUAUUUUAAUCCAUUCAAUAUGAAUGAUUAAUCACAGAAUAAUAUGCCACAUAUAUUUAUUACAAGUACUCGUAGCUGUUUGCACUGCUAAAAGUGUGUGCUCUUACGUUAAUGACAGUGGUCACAAUUCAUAUUUUAACGAAACAGCAUACAGUGAAUGCACACUUCCAUAAUGUAGUUAUUUGCUGUAUUGGGAGUACGUCUCUGAUAUGUAAAUGAGUAAAUGAACAAGUUCACUUAUAGCAUACUGGAUCAUUUAGACACGACUUAUUAUGACCACUGACACACCUGUCAUUUACGUAAUAGAGCGAAUACAGUAGCUAGAAAUGAAUUCUUAGUUCCAACCUGAAUCUCUUGUUUACUUUUGCAGCUUACCCUAUGUAUUGGU